AUGUCGGGAUUGUACACAAAGAAGAAUCCACUUCAUCUAUAUACCUUUUAUCUGGGUACCAUAACUAUUGAAGCUGAGCUUUCGUAUUCGUUCUGGGACAAAAGCGGUUCAAAGGAUUCAGCCUUUCGCUUGGGCGACGUCACAGCUGUCAGCUGUCAGCCUCCACCGAACACCGGGACUAUUACCGUGCCGGAGUAA